AUGUCGCAAGCUACUACGAAUAUAGCUGAGGCUUCUAGUGUGCCGGCUAACUUCGCCGUUGGACCUGAUUUCACCGCCGCUGCUAAUCUAGCGGCUUCGACAAGCUAUCCCACUGCGCACAAUCCUGUCGCUCCAAACAAAAACUUGCUGAUACAGGGAGAGUAUGGAACUAAUAUUGGAGCUGCACAUCAACACGAUCCUGCGACUCAGCCCGAGAUCCUGGAUGCUCGCCUAUUUUCUGGAGCUCUUACAUCUGCUAAUCGGGUGCAUGCCAUGUCACCCAAUCAAAUACCGCUCCAAGAUAAUCGGCCAACUAGCCCCGCUAACUCCAUAAGCUCAAUCAGCUCGCAAGGGCUUCGUCGCCGGGCCGAACUGCUGCAUGAGCAGAGCGAAAUCUUAAGGCAAAGGGAGGCUCUACUAAGAGAGCAGCACAGCUUUCUGGAUCGUAUUGACGCAAUGGGUUUCGACGAUGACCUAGAUGAAAGGCAAUAUACAAUGCGUAGGCCUUCGACCUCAGUGCAGGGUUCAGCACCAAAUACAACGCAGACAAUGCAGCUACCUCCUAAUUUGGUUGCACCAUUCAAUAUAGCUGCUUCUGCUGCAAAUCCACCUGUCCUUCAAGGGGUUCCUCCACACGACACCGCCGUUUUAAGAACAUCAACUGUUCAACAUCAAGUGGGUGAUCUGUCAGCAUCUGUCCUUCAAUCCUUAUUGGACAGAAUACAGUCGCUCGAGCAGCAAUUACUAAAUAACUCGACACCCAAUAGAGGGUGUCCUCCGCCACAAUCGCAACCAGCGCAAACAACUUUUCCCAUAGCCGGGCACGUUAAUAGCUUAUCCUUCGGUGCUUCGGCUUAUCGCCGACUGACCAGAGACCAGGUCGCUUCUCGCAAAAGCCUUGCUACAGAGCUGCCCAAAUUUGAUGGCAAGCCUAGCGAGUGGCCGUUGUUUUACGCUACUUAUAACCAAUCGACAGAGGUUUGUGGAUUCUCUGAAGAAGAGAAUCUGCUAAGACUGCGGCAAGCAUUGGUAGGUACAGCGCGCAAUUCAGUUAAAAAUCUAUUGUUGCACUCCUCGUGCGUGCCUCAAAUUAUCGCUACCCUUCAAAUGCGAUUUGGACGACCAGAAUUGAUUAUCAGCGCUCUGCAGCGACAAAUUUGUAAACUGCCGUCACCGUCCGAAAGCCAGCUCGAAUCGAUUGUCGACUUCGCGGUAGAAGUGCAAAAUAUCUGUGCAACGAUGUCGGCAUCAGGCCUGACCAGUCAUUUGAACAAUCCCGAGUUUGAACAGAGGCUGGUUUCGAAACUGCCUGGGCUUUUACCAGCAUAUUGGGGAAUGCAUAAACGAAGCUUAGCGGUCUGUAAUUUACAACAUUUCAGCGAUUGGCUUUUCCAGCUAGCCCAAGGUGCUAAUUGCGUUCUUGUUCCAAAGGAGUCACCAAAAGUAUGCAAACGUGGCGCGAUUAACUAUCAUACUAAUUCGGUAAGAUGUAUCGUUUGCGAAGAAAAUUGCAGUGAUAUCUCUAAUUGUACCUCUUUCAAGAUAAUGCCACGAAGUCAAAAGUGGCAGGUAGUUCGCAAGUUGAAACUAUGUCAACGAUGCUUGGGGAAGCAUCCCACAACUGGUUGUAAAUCGGCUGCAACAUGCAACGUUAAUGGUUGCACCCGCAGUCAUCAUCCCUUACUACACAACACAGAGUUUGUUGGUGCUGAAGCUGUACAAGCGUCCAAAAAUGUCAGGGCGAGCGUCUUAGCACAGCCUGCCAAUGUGAAUAUGCAUAGUUCUGGCAGAAGCAACACACUAUUUCGAGUACUCCCGGUAGUUCUACACUCGGGCCGUUGUAGAGUGCCAACCUAUGCCUUCAUAGAUGAUGGUUCGUCCCUCACACUCAUCGACGAAGAGCUGUUGAAAAAACUAAACGUAACAGGCACACCACAACCACUCUGCCUACGGUGGACUGGUGAUACACAUCGGUAUGAGGACGAGUCUGUCGUAGUCGACCUAGCCAUAUCCGCUAAAAACGGCGAUAAGAAAUUCGCGCUGAAAGGCGUUCGCUCAGUAAAAAAACUUGACUUGCCUAUCCAAUCACUUAACGCUGCCAAAUUGCAGUCGGAUUUCAAAUAUUUGAAAGGUUUGCCGUUGGAGUCAUAUUCAAAUGCCGCACCACAACUACUGAUUGGGUUAAAUAACGCUGCGCUUGGAUCUCCAAUCAAAUCUUUAUAUGGUGGCGAAAAUGAGCCAAUAGCAGAAAAGUCUAGACUUGGAUGGACAUUGAAAGGAUCGACACCUGAAAUCGGUGUCGAUACUGUACACCACGUCUAUCACAUUUGUAACUGCUCUGCCCAAGCUGAGCUGCUUCAAAUAACUAAAGCGUACAUUUGCCUUGAUAAUUUAGGCGUGUCAGCCAAACCUGCUGCUUUAUUGUCCAAAGAAGACGUCAUCGCUUUGGAGCAGCUACAACAACAUACCGUGCGAGUCGGCUACCGUUUCGAGACCAGUUUAUUAUGGAAACAUCCGUAUAUUCAGCUCCCCGAUAGCCUUCAAAUGGCCUUAUUUCGGGAGCAAUGUCUACGUAGGAAGAUGCAACGCGACCAUAACUUAGCUGAGGUGCUUCAACAAAAGAUCAACGAUUAUAUCCAAAAGGGGUACGCCAGACGUUUGACACCACUCGAUGCUGCCGUUGAAAGAUACUGGUAUUUGCCGAUUUUUGCUGUAACAAACCCUAACAAACCUGGGAAGGUUCGAUUAGUCUGGGACGCAGCCGCGAAGGUUAAUGGUGUGUCCUUGAAUAGCAUGUUGCUCAAAGGCCCAGACCUAACAGCCCCUUUACUUUCGGUGCUAUUUAAAUUCCGACAAAAGCAAGUAGCUAUCACGGCCGAUAUUGCUGAAAUGUUUCACCAAGUUCGUGUCCGUCAAGAAGACCAAAAUUUCUUACGCUUCCUUUGGUAUGAACCACACGCCAACGAGCCAACUACCUUUGUGAUGACAGUUAUGACCUUUGGGGCCACAUGCUCACCCAGCUGCGCUCAAUACGUCAAAAAUAAAAAUGCCGAAGAGUUUCGUGAGGAAUUCCCUUGUGCUUCCCGCUGUAUAAUCGAAAACCAUUACGUCGACGAUAUGCUGGUGAGCAUGGACACAGAACAAGAGGCUAUAAAGUUGGCGCAAGAUGUGCGUCACGUGCAUGCGAUGGGAGGCUUUCACAUAAGAAAUUUUCUAUCGAACUCUAGUCGAGUAUUGGCUGCCCUGAACGAGAGCUCAACUGACGCGCUAUGUCUCGAUCUUGAAAAAGAUUUGCCUACCGAGAAGGUGUUAGGCAUGUGGUGGGUUACCGCCAGCGACCAUUUCGCAUUUCGGGUAUCCGCCAAGUACAGGGAUUCCGACCUCUUUCUUUGCCAGCGGAGACCGACCAAACGCGAAGUUUUGAGCUUGGUUAUGACUAUAUACGACCCAAUUGGGCUCAUCGGUUUCUACGUGGUGUACGCCAAAGUCAUCUUACAAGAAAUAUGGAGGACUGGAUGCGACUGGGACGACCCAAUCCCAGACGACCAAUUUAUCAAGUGGCUGAGGUGGCUUAAACUCAUUCCGAAAAUUGAAAACCUGAGAAUCCCGCGCUGCUAUAUGCAAACCAGAUUUGGCGGAACCCCUCAAAUAGAAUUACACACAUUUGUCGAUGCUAGUGAAAGCAGCUAUGCCGCAGUGUGCUACCUUCGAUACUCACACCAUGACGCAAUUGAUUGUACGAUGAUCGCCAGCAAAACAAGAGUAGCCCCACUCAAGUUAAUAUCCAUACCACGCCUGGAACUAAAAGCUGCACUUUUGGGAGCUCGACUGGCCAAGCAUGUCAUCGAAUCGCAUUCAAUCCACGUUGAUAGCUGCAUAUACUGGUCAGACUCUCGAACAGUAUUAGCCUGGCUGCAUGCCGAUCACCGACGCUACAAGCAGUUUGUGGCCUUUCGAGUCAGUGAGAUUCUGGAACUGACUGACGUAAAGGAAUGGCGCUGGGUUCCAACCGCGGCAAAUGUCGCUGACGAAGCCACCAAAUGGCAUGGUGAUCCGGACCUUUCUGACGACAGCCGAUGGUUUAGUGGACCAUCUUUUUUGUACCUUACGCGUGAAGAGUGGCCCGAUGAGCCUCAAAGUAAAGGCGUUUCAACUGAAGAGCUCCGUCCACAGUUUAUUGGCGCUCAUCACUUAACGUCAGAACCACUUCUAUUAGUGCCCGAAGCUGAGAGAUUUUCAUCUUGGAAUCGUCUUCUUCGAGCAACCACUAUGGUCUUGUACUGCGCUCGGGUUUGGUUAAGUGUAAUUCGAGAUAACCACUUUGUUGGUGGUGUCCCAAGUACUGAAGAUUUUCGGAAGGCAGAACGCUACCUUUGGAGGAAAGCACAGCACGACGACUUUAAAGACUCCAUAGCAUAUUUAGCAGUUGGGAAAGCUGUCGACAAAUCCAGCAAAAUUUUCAAGCUAUCACCCUAUCUAGAUGACAACGGUGUUUUGCGAAUAGAUGGCAGAGUUAAGAUAGUAGAGCGACCAGACCCAGUACUAUUACCACACAACUAUCAUAUUACGCGCCUAAUCAUAAACCACUUUCACGUAAAGUAUCAUCACGGUAGCUUGGAGACAGUCGUCAACGAAAUUCGGCAGUCGUAUUGGAUCAUAAAACUUCGUAUCAUGGCCAAUCAAAUUCGACGCAAUUGUCAGGUUUGUAAAAACAGAAGCGUUCAACCUCGACCACCUAGGAUGGCUUGCUUGCCUCCAGCGCGCACCUCAGCAAUUUGCCGUCCGUUUUCCUACGUAGGCGUCGACUAUUUUGGUCCGAUUCUCGUCACUGUUAGAAGGAGCACCGAGAGGAGAUACGGAGUGUUGUUCACCUGUUUAACAACCAGAGCGGUGCACCUCGAAAUUGCGUACUCGCUGUCCACAGACUCCUGCAGUUUGGCCGUGCGUAACUUUAUGGCUCGCAGAGGCAGCCCGUUGGAGAUAUGGAGUGACAACGGCACAAACUUUAAAGGUGCUGAGAGGGAGUUGAAGUCAGCAUUUGCUCUCCUGGAUAAAAAUCUGCUGACGAAAACCUUCACUUCUGCGGCAACAAACUGGCGUUUUAUACCACCCGCAUCGCCACACAUGGGCGGAGCCUGGGAGCGGCUAGUUCGCUCAGUAAAGGACGUACUUCAACGGAUUUUGACAACUAGCCAUCCGAAUGACGAACUUCUACGUGCCGCUUUAAUGGAGGUGGAGAUGACGGUCAACUCACGACCAUUAACUUAUAUUCCUGUCGACCACGAAGAGGAAGAGGCGCUUACACCUAACCACUUCUUGUUAGGUAACUCUAGUGGUAUUAAGCCGAUCGCGGAACCGGUUACUGAGGGCGUUUUAAUGCGUCGUAACUGGCGAACAUCGCAACAACUCGCAGACGCCUUCUGGAGACGUUGGGUUACUGAGUAUUUGCCCACAAUCACUAGGAGAACCAAAUGGUUUGCGGAUGUUAAAGCCAUCGAAGUCGGUGACAUUGCAUACAUAGUGGAUCCUAAUAACCCAAGGAACUGUUGGCCAAAGGGUAAGGUGAUCGAGGUCCGAAAGAGUGCCGAUGGAAAGGUAAGAAGCGCUACGCUCAAGACAACUUGUGGCAUCUAUGAAAGACCUGCUGCCAAAAUAGCCGUUCUAGACCUGAAGAGCUCGGUACAUCCUGAUCGGCAGCAUAUACCAGGGGGGAGUGUUACGAACGAUCUGGCAGCACAGUUGGAAUAA